AUGACCUCGAGAUUGAUUCAACAAGCUAUCCAGGAUGUGAUUCCUUCCCAGGAUAAACCAUACCCUCCACAGCUGAUUUCUUAUGCGACGACGCUGUCUUUGACCUCGACCCAGAAGUCAAAGUUUCUUCAGGGGGGCUACGAGUUUGCAAAGUAUCACUUGUCAGUGUAUGCUGCAGUUGUCCAAUUGAAGGAGAGAUUGAAUUUGCCGGAUCCAACUACUGAUAAAAUUCCAAUCCCACCCAAGCAGGUCAACAAUAUAGUGAACUCGUUUCUGCAACUCAUCAUUGAUCCGGCUUCCAACCCUACGACACCGAGAAAAAGAAGGAUGACGCCAAGCCUGACACCUUCCACCCGUUCAUCUAAAAAGAGGAACGUUAAUACACAAUUGGCCACUCCAGAAAGCACACCCACAAAGCCUAAAGUGGUUCAAUCAUUGAAGGAUGCAGAUGAGACAUCUUUGAAGAGCGCAAAUAAUGUGAACGAUGUAACGAAAAAGCUUUUGGAUCUGGCUGACGCAGAAAACUCUGAGGAUGUCAUUGACGAGGACGACAUAUUUGACAGCCAGGAGGAGUUUGAUUAUGGUAGUGAGGAAGACCCUGAUGAAAUCAGUGAUCAAGAGUACACCGAGCCAGGCAUCAAAAUACACACACCUCGAGCCUCGCCGGCGAGAAGAGUUGGAAGGCCGAGGAAAGUCAUUGAAGAUGCCGAUAGUCAAUCACCGGCUGAUUCCACGCCAAAAAAAAGAGGUCGUCCCAGAAAGCACCCAUUACCAGAAGAGACUGGAAUCGCCCUUAAAGGCAACUCUGCUCUAAUAGAUGUUCAGAUCGAGUCGACCAAAAAGCCAAUGACUUUGAAGCAAUUGGAAACAUUCUGUCGGCGACUGGAUAUCCCAUUGGCCACUAUUCAGAAUAUUAUUCUGAGUUUCAACGAGUUCAGAAACAGGAUCAAAAACGAAUGGGCUUUACUAUGUGGCCUGGUCGCUGUUGCAUAUACGCGGUUGUACCAUAGUGAAUGCAACAGUGAGAUUGGCGUGAAGAAGAGCUUUUAUGACAAUCUCCAUGAGCUGCAGAAUGGAGGAUUGCGCAAACAAGACCUAGGCUACUGGGUGGGAGUGGUUGAAAGAUUGGUCUCGUCUAAGCAAUGGGUACGAAACCUGGAAAUGGUCUCCGGAAACCCUGAAAAGUGGAUGGAAUUACCAACUAUCGGCGACAUGGUAAGUGCAUCAGUUAGAUACACCAGUCAUGCUUAUCUCAAAAUGUUUGAGGAUUGGAAGAUGGCGUUCUGUGCCGAGUUCGAGAUUAAGCUGUGA